GGAACCCGUCGGUUGUAGCUGCAGGCGGCCAAACUGCUCGUGACGGCGGCCGCGGCAUGUGCGAGGGGCCGUCCCGCCUCUCGGGGCCCAUUCCCCCAGACCCUUCGCUCUGCCCUGACUACUACCGGCGACCGGCCUCGGCCCAAGGGCGUCUGGAGGGAAAUGCGCUGAAGAUGGACCUGCUGACCUGGGACCCGAACCUGGACACCACCCCUCCUCGCGGCCCUCGCAGCGGUCCUGAAGCCCGAAAGAACCUGGAGCGUGGCCAGCACGGCGUGGGGGGAGUGCUCCUGCAACUCGGGGGCAUCACUCUGCGCUCUGGGGCCUCUCCCAAGAGGAAGGACCCUAAAGACCAUGAGAAAGAGAAUCUGAGGCGCAUCAGGGAGAUCCAGAGGCGCUUCCGGGAGCAGGAGCGCAGCCGGGAGCAGGGCCCGCCCAGGCCCCUGAAGGCUCUGUGGCGAUCGCCCAAGUACGACAAAGUGGAGUCCCGGGUCAAGGCCCAGCUGCAGGAACCCAGCCCUGCCUCUGGGGCAGAGCCUGGCCACUUCCUGCGGGCCCACUCUCGCUGCGGCCCUGGGCUCCCUCCGCCCCGCGUCCCCAGCCCCCAGCUAACCCCAUCAGGUCCCAAUGCUAAGGGACCAGGCCUAGGAGUGGACUUCAUUAGCCACAAUGCCCGCACUGCCAAGAGGGCCCCCCGGCGGCAUUCCCGCUCACUGCAGGUCUUGGCACAGGUGCUGGAGCAACAACGGCAAGCCCAGGAGCACUACAAUGCCACGCAAAAGGGCCAUGUGCCCCUUUACUUGUUGGAACGCAGGGAUCUGUGGCGGCGGGAGGCUGAGGCCCGCCAGCAAAGCCAGCCGGACCCUACCAUGCCCCCUGGCCAUGUCUGCAUGCCCGAAAACCAGCGGCUGGAGACCCUGAGCAGUCUGCUCCAGACACUCACUGUUCCUGGGUCCCCUGUAGGCCAACACCAGCUGCUGCGUGAGCUGGUGCUGUUGCCUGCUGGAGCAGACUCACUGAGGGCCCAAGGCCACCGUGCGGAGCUGGACCGGAAGCUGGUGCAGGUAGAGGAAGCUAUCAAGAUCUUUUCCCGCCCCAAGGUUUUCGUGAAGAUGGAUACCUGAGCCCCUUUAGGGGGGUGAUUACAGGGGAGUCCAUGUUGAGGAUGACCAUAUGGCCACAAAAGGCAGGGUCAGGACAUGCGGCCUGGAGUCUGAGGCUAGCAGCCGUGGGAUGGGCGGCGUCCCCAGAGCACUCUUUUCAGCUCUUGACUGCAGAAGGGCCCUCCCACCCUCUUAACCCGUUUGUCAAAAUUAAACCUUUUGUACACAGUGAGGUUUGUUUCCAUAAGAGCUUUCUUACCCUAGAAAUCCCAAGCCCAGCGACCCUCCUGCGGCUUGACUGCAGGAAGGUCUGCCUACUGUCCUUACCACUCCUGCCUCAUGUCCAGGGCAGAAGACAAGGCUGUGGGAUCAAGGCGGAGGCUGGGACACAGAGGGAUCAUGACUGCAUUUGUAGAAAAUCUUUAAUGUUCCCCAGACUGAAAGGGUCCUGUAGCGAGCUGGAAAGCCCCCCCUGGGCAAGUCCCUGCCAUGUCCCAGCAGCCUGGAGUGGCAAGGGCUGCCUUCGUGCCUGUCAGAGGCUGAAGCCACUACCAUCCCCUCGCAUGCUGCUCCCCCAACCAGGGCUGGCCUGCUCCUGAUCAUCCAGGGACGGCAGAGAGCUGCGGGCAUCAGGAAGUAGGCGGCCCGGAUGCAGGUCCCAGCAGGAAGGCCCUUGAGACAGCCCAUUGGAACAGGGAGGCUGGCGGUUCUCAAUGACCAGAUCGCGGCUGUCGUCAUCACUAUCAGGCUCAACAGGCCCAGGCCCAGCAGAGCGAGACCCCGUCAGACGCCCAGAUGCCCCACGCACCACAUUAUUGCGCUGGUUGGCUGGCUUGACAGUGACAAUAAGGUUGUGGCUGUUGGCGACCAUCAUAUCUGUCACUUGGUCCAAGGUCUUUCCAGCCACCUCUAUGCCGUUGACCUCGAGGAUUUCAUCACUGACAGCCAGCAGCCCCGUACUCUCAGCCAGGCCCCCUCGUACCAGGCGGGAGAUGAAGAUGCCUGGCACGCGCUCUAGGCCCUGGGGAGCCACACGAACGCUCAUCCCAUCUCGGAUAUAGAAGCCCAGAGGGCGGUCAGAACCAUGCUUGUGCAGGCGCACCCGUCGGUGGGUCUCAGGCAGUAGGUCCACAUCUAUGACUGAAGAAACCUGGCGGAAAUCUUGGGGCAGGCUGAUUAGCAGGGGUGGCCGGGUGCGCAGGGGUGCCACUGGCCGAAGUAGGAGCCCUUUCUUGCGCCGCUGCAGAGAGUUGGAAGCAAAAGCCAGGCUGCUGGAGUCAGCUGCUGCUGCAGGAGAGGGAGGUGCUGAGAUCAGAGACCCUGCUCUCCCACUCGGGCCCUUUUCCACCUGGCCCAGGCCUGGGGGAGGGGGCACUGUAGCUAUUUCCUACCACUUGGAGGUCAGGCCAAGGGCAGGGGCUGCAGAGAAUGAAGCCUGGGUGCCCUGGGCAUGGACUAACCCUGGUAGACCUGCUGUCAUCCUACCCCACGGAGGCUGCCCGUUUUACCCUAUCCUCCUCACCCCGCUUCUGCACCAGCAGGCGUAGCGGUGGGGGCCCACUGGCCAGGGCCCGGUGCAGGCUGUCGUCGUUGGUGAGGGGCAGUAGGUCGCCGUGAGCAUCCGUGUAGCCGAGCAGCACGUCCAGACCUGGGAUCUGGUGCACCGCACGCAGCAACCGGGAGAACUCUUGGAAGCCGUUCACCGAAGCGCGGGGCAGCGCGAAGCGUCGGAACUCGGCAUCAAACUGGGUGCAGAGGGUGGAGGAAGAGGAGGGGU